UCGAUGUUUGAAAGCAAGUUAACAUAAAAUAGAAAACAAAAAUACAAAUACUUCAAGGAGAACAUUAAACAUUGUUCGCUUGCUUUAGAAUAUAAAUCAAAAACUUGUGAAGCUCUUAAAAAGCAAAAAAGCCAAGAAAAGAAGGGAGGACAAGCAAGCAUCAAUAAUGUCCUUGUUCGAGAAUGUGGAAAAUUUAAAAUUGCUACGAAAUCUCUUAAACCCCCAAGACAGCAGAGAUGAUGGCUCGGAUUUAGAAGAAGAUGGAGAGCCAUUGCUAAAAGAAAAAUGGAAUCCUGGAUGUUUGGGACCUCAACAAACUACCAAAUCCUUGGAAACAUUUGCAUCACCUUAUGCCCCUUUAAAGCCGGAUGAAGUAGAGGCCAAACAUCAACCCUCCACCUUGGAGGAAUGGCAAGAGCAACAGGAAUUGGAGGAUUCCAAUAUUUUGGAUACACGCAAAAGUCCUGAAUACAGCAUGACUUAUCGCCAAGCUGUGGGCACCGAAGAUGUCUAUCUACAAAUAAGUAAUCGCACUAAUUCCUCUGCCAGUUGUGAGGAUUUGGUGGUGGAAAUAUUUUUGCCUGGCGACUCAACACCAGCCGAUAAGAUGUCUUUGUCCAUAACAGCCAAUGAAGUGGAUUUGGCCACUCCCAUAUAUCGCCUCAAAUUGCCUAUGAGCCAACCCAUUAAUGUGGAUCGUUGUAGGGCAAAAUAUGACAAAGAUUUGGAAAAAUUAACAUUGACUUUACGCAUGCAGAGAGAAUUGGAUUUUGUGAAUUUUUAAACACUUUGACAAAAAGUUUGAUUUUUUUUUUGUUUUGCAAAGGAAAAAUAUAAAAAAAAAUAAACCAACAGAUCGACAUA